AUGACUUCUGUAAGAAAGAGAAAGAUGAACCGUUCUUCUGUAAGGAAGAAUACUAGAAGAACUAAAGACAAACAGCGAAAUAUCAAUAUACAUUCAAAUCCUAUCAUAGCAGCAAACUGGGAUAAAGAUUUGACAUUGAAGCAAAACUACAAAAGAUUGGGAUUGCGCAUGAAACUCGGGAAGAUUGCAGGAGGUGAGGAGAGAGAAGUUAAGACAUUGACCGAAUUUAGAAAUGAAAGGUCUUUACCGAGUAUAGAACCUAAAGAUAUUGAACAAACUGAUGACCCAUCCCAGAUACCUGAAGGAGAAGCACGCUUAAUCAGGAAUCCGGAAACCAAUGAAGUGGAGAAAGUCAUAUACGGUACCAUGAAAGUAUCAAAGUUAGAUGAAAAGGAACCAGAAGCAAGCAUAGUCGUCAAACAGUUGGAAGAGUACGCAAGAGGCGGUAAAGCAAAGAAAGAUAGAAUCCCAUCUAAAAGAGAACAGGAUUAUCUUAGAAGUUUAUAUGAAAAGCAUGGUGAUGAUUAUGAGAAGAUGAAGUGGGAUAAAAAGCUAAACGUACAACAACAGAGUGCAGGAGAUUUGAGGAAGAGGAUCAUGAAAUGGAAGAAGGUCAACAAUAUAAGGUAA